UCCUAUUCAAUAAAAACAACAGGAAUGCCAUUCAGAGAACACAAUAGGCUUCUCCACACUACUACAAGCAAGAGAGAUAACUCUACGUUGUUCUGAAGACAAAACACAAUCACUACGAUGAUCCUACUUAAAAUAUUGUUGUGCAUCAGUAUUUUUAAUGGUAUCUCAAGUCAGUCUUGCGAUAUAACUUCUGCUAAUGCAUGCUGGUCCCCGAUGACAGCCACGAUGGGGGAUCUCAUUCCCAGCUCCUCGCCGACUUAUACUCCACCUUUUGUCAAGGUCAACAAUGUCUGCAAUGGACUACAGAAAGUGUUUACAUGCACUGAAAACAAAAUGUCGGCCUGCAGUCCAGGCGACCGUCUACUGUACGACACCGCAAAGUCCUCGGGCUUCUUCCUCUGUAACCAAGGCAAACAGGGUUACAUUAAACAUGCUCACUGCCUGUUCAGUGAGGCUUCUCACAAGAGCAUGCAGAAAUGUACAUCAGAGGCCAUCACACUGAUCAGAACGUUUGUGUUAACAAUGUCCGAUCUAUCGGAGCUCAAAUGGAUGUCAAAGGAACUUUGCGGACUUGCCUCCGCGGUUCGCAGCUGUCUGUUCGAGACAGCAAAACGAAACUGUGGCGAAUCUCCGGCAGCCUAUCUCCAACGAUACGUGGACGCCACCAUCAGACCAUUGUCUGAGUUCCUCUCAUGCUCAUCGUCAAAACUAGGUAUGUCGGCAGAUACAGCAAGAGGCGACAAUCUGGCUCUCACAAAUAAACUGAUCCCGACCGUUGCCAUUCCAUUCAACAACCCAACAGACAAUGAAUUGUAUCCGGAGCCUUCAAACUACAUACACGCUGCUGACAAAGGGAAUAGUGUCCCAGCUUCCCUAUCGAAGGACGUUCCUAUUACCCAUAACACUCGUCCACUUCCGGAUCAGUCAAACAGCUUACUCACUCAAGAAAUUGUAAAGGGUGUUCCAAAAUCUGUACCGAAAUGCGAUAGAUAUUGUUCUGUAUUCAAACACGGCUUAGCUUCGUCUAUAAAACAAGGUUACGAUGACUGGUGUGAAAUUAAUUGCCGCCAGGGAUUCUGUCCAUUGGGCACGUGCACAUGUAACUGCCACCCAGUAAGAAGAAGGAUUGUGUGUGAAGCGAUGGACCUGAGAUUUAAGAUGAACUCCAUCGGUUCACAGUGGUGCAAUAGUGUCUGUACGCAGGGAUUUUGUCCAAAACAUUAUUGUAAAUGUAGAGUAGAGAUGGAUUCGACAUAUGUACCAGCAUAGAGAUGUUUCGUAGCUUUUCGGGGAUUGUUUUAUGAGACUGUCGCGGCGUCAUUAUGUUUAAGUUUGAAGAAUGGUGUAUAUAGUGUGAAAUCCAUUGUAGUUUAUAUCAAUAUUUAUUUUAUUUAUUACAUUUGUUAAUUUUAUUUCCUGGGUUUUUAAAUAAAAAUGCUGUUAAACUGUA